AUGUCGGUCGACGUGGCAAUGCAGUCGAGUGGAAAGACCGUUGCGACUAGUGCCUACUCCAUAAUGCAACCCCUUGGGGGCCGCCAGGAUCCAGGCAGCAGCUGCCAGGAUGACCCGUUUGGAUGCGUGGUGGUCGUUUCCGGAGAGACCGCCAGAAGAGCCAGGCUGGGGGCGGCGGCGAUGAAGCCAGGGAACAAACUGGACCGGGAGAAUAUUACCGACGGCGAGAGGGAAGCAGGAGCUUACGAACAGGCGGUGGUCCAGGAAACCCGGACUGGCAUGACAUGGCUGAUGCGCGGCGGACGGAUGUCAGGCUUGGGGCCAAGUGUGGAGGAUGCGCCAUGGCGAGGCUCUGCUACGGUGCCACCCGUGCUGAACAUGAACCUCAGCCGGAUCAAUGCUUACUACUACUAUUACUACAACCUUGGCGGAAAAUUAUCAGGGAAAGUCAAGUCAAUCGCCCCAUGGAUGGGCGAAAAUAGGUCGAUCCAAGAUCUGAUUCGCGAUCCUAGCGGUGACCAGCCCAACGAUGGCGAUAGGAGCAACAACCCUGUUGGGCAAAGACACGGAGAGAAAAGCCGGAGAUUCCGACAAAGCAACAUCGUCCAUCCGGUUCAAUAG